GAGAGAGAGGCAGGCAAGCAAGCAAGCAAGCAAGGAGGGCGCUUGAGCUCCGCUAAGCCGAGCUGAUCCCACGUGUGGACGGGUCUGCCUGGCUCCUUCCUUCCUUCCUUCCUUUCAGAUAGGGCAGAGGAAGGGGUGCGACGCUGAUUGAGGAGCAAAGGGGUGAAAGCAGAAGGAAGGAAGAGGAGAGAAGAAAGGAAAGAAAGGGGGGACUCCAGGAGGAGGAGGAGGAGGAAGAGGGUGGGAGAGGGGUUGCCUGCUCUUGAGAGAGAGAGUGAGAAAGAGAAAGAGAGAGAAGAGCUUCUUCCUUUCUCUCUCUCUUUCUUUCUCUCUUUCCUUCUUGGUCACAGAGCCAUGGAGGCGGAGGGGAGCCAAGCCAUGUCCGGCCCCCCUAACGACUCUCAGCACGACCCUGGCAAAAUGUUUAUUGGCGGCUUGAGUUGGCAAACCUCACCAGAUAACCUUAGAGAUUAUUUUAGCAAAUUUGGAGACAUCCGAGAAUGUAUGGUCAUGCGAGACCCGACCACCAAGCGCUCCAGGGGGUUCGGUUUCGUUACCUUUGCGGAUCCGGCAAGUGUAGAUAAAGUAUUAGCUCAACCCCACCACGAAUUAGAUUCCAAGACGAUUGACCCUAAAGUUGCAUUUCCCCGACGAGCUCAGCCUAAGAUGGUCACAAGAACAAAGAAAAUAUUUGUAGGUGGAUUAUCGGCUAAUACGGUAGUGGAAGAUGUAAAGCAAUACUUUGAACAGUUUGGCAAGGUAGAGGAUGCUAUGCUUAUGUUUGACAAGACCACCAACAGACAUAGAGGUUUUGGCUUUGUAACUUUCGAGAAUGAAGAUGUGGUGGAAAAAGUCUGUGAAAUCCAUUUUCAUGAAAUCAAUAAUAAAAUGGUGGAAUGUAAGAAAGCACAACCUAAAGAAGUGAUGUUCCCGCCGGGGACAAGAGGAAGGGCUCGUGGAUUACCCUACACCAUGGAUGCUUUUAUGCUGGGCAUGGGCAUGUUGGGUUACCCAAAUUUUGUCGCCACCUAUGGCCGAGGAUACCCUGGAUUUGCACCCAGUUACAGUUAUCAGUUCCCAGUGCUUUCCGUGGGAUCUUCAAUCAAACCCAGUUACCCAGCCCUUUUACCAUAUUUAAAUGCAAGUUUUCCAGCAGCAGCCUAUGGACCAGUAGCAGCCGCGGCGGUGGCAGCAGCAAGAGGAUCAGGUAGGGGGGGCCGUGGAAGAGGCAGCUACAUGGCAUACCCGCAGAAUGCAGGGCCAGGGAUCCCCGAUUACGGUUUCUAUUCUCCGCCCGGUGACCUACGGGCUCCAUUAUCGUACGCGGACUAUGGUUCCAUGGGGCCUCGGGUGGCUCAGAUGUUGCGUAGCGAGCACCCUGCGUCAGCGAGUAACUCCCCCCUCCACCACCUUCCCAGCCCGGAUCAGUUUAAGAGCCCAGUCUUGAAUAGCUACAGUGCUCAACCGAAUUUUGGCGCACCCGCUUCCCCGGCAGGCUCCAACCCAGCCCGGCCUGGAGGCUUCCCAGGGGCAAACAGCCCAGGCCCCGUGGCAGACCUCUACGGGGCGGCCAGCCAGGACUCCGGUGUGGGCAACUACAUAAGCGCCGCCAGCCCCCAGCCAGGCUCCAGCUUUGGCCACGGAAUCGCCGGGCCUUUGAUUGCAACGGCUUUUACAAAUGGAUACCAUUGAAACGUUACACAGGGUUGGUUGCCAUCUCACUUGGAGAGUAUAUCUGGAUGUCCAGGCAAGACGGGAAGAAGUUUCUGAAUGGUUCCAUGUCGAAGUGAUACGUCAUCAGACUUCGAGCAUCGCAUUAUCCCCAAAAUAACCCACACAAACUGGAGGUGGCAUUCAGCCGAAAUCUCUAUCAUCUCAUGAACGUGCUGUAUUAUAUAGAACAACAGCUUUUGAAAACAAAACAAAAAUGUAUAUAUAUAUUAAUCCAUUUUCUUCAUUUUAUUAUUUUCUUUCUUGAUGUUUUCCCCCUCCUUUGAAUUCUAUUUUAAUCACAUUUUUGGUAGUAUUUUGACAUAGGCUUAGUAACGUAGAUCUGCUACUUUGUGUGUUUUAGGAGAAACCUAACCAUAAUAUAACUGUUUAUAUAUUAAGGAUUUCUUUGCUUUGCUUUUUAAUCUCCCUUCCCCUUUUCUUUCUUUUUUUGUCGCGUAAACAAA